AUGAAGUCCUUGAUGAUUUUUGCGGGGGGCCUCCUUGGUCUUAUCCCCACUGUUUUUGCAGGUCUCGGUCGUCCUGGCCCAGUUUCUUGGGCAAACACAAGCACCACUGCCAGCACCAUCACUGCCAGCAUCAUCACUACCAACAUCAUCACUGCAAGUAUCUCCUUCGUUCCUGUCCCAACUCCUUGGACAAACACAACCACCACCGCGUUGCCUGAUUCGAAGGGUUGUGGACAUGGCAGCUCCUCCGCAAGCCUAAACAUUACCUCCUCCACCAUCCCCUCUGCUCAGCCGAGCAUCUACACCCCAAUCCCGUCCGACAAUACGGAUCCUGUCAAUUCCACCGUUCAGCCGAUCCGUUGGCACCUCUACGGAAUUCGGGCAUCAGUCAACAAGAAGGCAGAGUCCGCCCAUUACACGUUCAGGGCCGCUAUCAAGCCCCCCUGCAGCAACUACAGUGUGGUAUGCCAGCAGACCGUUCACACCGAAGAGGACCAACUUGCUGAAGUGCACAAUACCAGAUGCAGGAAUCCAACUGGAACGCCCUACAAAAACGCCUCGAUCCCUGUCACCUUCCACUUCGAGUGGCGGCCUGACGUCAAGAACAGCUUUGGAGAGAAGGGCAACCUCCUAGUCAUCAGGUCGAACUCACCCGGAAGUGCGCACGCCUGUCCAUUGUUCCCCUAUGAUGCCUGCUGGGCUCAGGGAAUACAUUGGGUUCCCGAGAGUCAGAUCGGAUCAACGUUUGUAGGAGACAAAUACAUCGGUCCACACUCGAUACAUCUCAACGGCACCUACUGCAAAACCGGCAUGCCGGAGUGUAUCUGGUCCGAAUACCUGUACUGA